GGUGUAUGGUGGGUAAUAGUGAAACAGACUACGGAUACAGGCACGCUUUUUCUGUAGUUACGUUAGACCAAGAAAACAUAGAUGUACAACAUUUUGCACUAUAAGUAAAGUAUACAUUAUACUUGUAACGUUUUGAAUUUAGACGCCUUGUUUUUCAAGCAGCCAUGGCCGAGUCGACAACUCGCGAGUUUUUAGUAAAUGCCUCUUUGAUUUACAAAGACAUCUGCCCAGAACAAUCGCGCUUUCUUAUGAGACGACAUCAGAGAAAUGCUGCCGCCCUGCCGGAUUCUAUGCUCUGCCCGUUCUGUUACCAAUGGCGACUGCCGGAUAACCAUCGGGUGCGUCUGCGGCCCAAGCGGAAGCCCACGGCGCGGAUCAGAAGGCUUCUGAAGCGGCAGUCGAUGGGAAAGAGACUCAGCAGAGAAGAGACUGUAGUGCUCCAGAAGUUUAAAAGGGCCACUAAUGCUCUGAUGGCCACUUGCUACACCUGUGAUAAAUUGUCCAGACUACCGGGAACCAACAGGGAAAUUUUGGCUACUCCGUCGAAGAGCCGCGGCACCCCGUGGAGUGCGAGCAAAAACAGGACUCCGCAGUCGGCUAAAAGAGCGACUCCAAAAUCUGCUUUUUCAGACCAAACACCGAGCAAAACGCCUAGGUCAGUGUCCUCAAACACCAGCUCUUCAUCGUCGAAGUCGUCACCUUUUGCUCGACUCAAGAAGCUCCUUACGCUGGAGGAUAAACAGCAGAGCAGGAAAGGUGGUCUGAAAGACUUUCUGUCCACUCUCUGAAGAUCUCAGAGCUGUUAGAGAAGAGGCUCUGGCCCACUUUGAGUUGGUCUACAAUGAAAUCUGGAGCAUCCAGGUGGAUAUAGCUGGAGAUCACUCACUUUUUCAUAUGUUAUUACGCCACCUGGUGGAGGUGUCACUAUAGCCUGGUUUAUCAAGCUCAUUUAGGCACUAACAGAUAUAUUAAAGAGAAGGUCUUUCUUCCUUAUGUUGAGUGUCUAUCUCUGGAUUCUGGUGGUCAAGUGCAUAUUUAAGGGGGUUAUCACUUGUGCUGCAGACCUAUGUUUUGACUUUAAAAUGUUUGCCAAUUAUUUCCACGAUGUCUCUUUUUUUAUUCUUUUUUUAUGUGUUGUAUGGUUCAUGUUAAUCUUAUACACUUUAUUUUUUCACACAUUUGUAUCCACAGCCGUACUUUUGAAUCACUGCUACAAUUUUGUAUUGAAAGAGGUAUAGUCUUUACACUAGUUUACACACUGAAAAGAAGAACGGGGCUCGGUUUUCUGGUUGUUUACAUUUUGAUGGGCUAUUUGCCUUUACAAGCAAAGACCAAAGAUAGUUAGCUUCUUUGUUAAUUCUGUGUCUUCUUCACAAUGCAAUUGAAAAAAAACGUUUUUGUCAUGGAAUAUUUUCAAUAAAUGUAAACUCUUGGU